CUCAACGGCCGCCUCCAACUCUAUCGGCGGACUCGCUCUCCAAGUAUAAAUCUAUAGCGCGUGAAGACGCGCGCUGGUGUCUUCGUAUAGGUCGCUAUUUGUGAGGCCGGAUAAGACUGGACAGGCGCGCCUGCACCUCCCAUCGCACGACUUGCCUGCAAUCAAUAGAGCUUUGGCCAUUACAUACAUGGGAGCGGCUGCCUGUGAGUGCUGUAGAGCCCGCGGGCGGUAGCGGCCUAGCCUCGGCUCUGCAGUCAUGGCGCCGAGGAUGCCGCCCGUGCCGUUUCCAAUACCAGUCAAAGGUAGCGAACUACCUGGCGCCGGCUUCGAGAGGAGUCGCGACGUUGGGCUUUCCUCGUCAGCCGAGCGGCAAUUGCAAGGGCCCCCAGCUUCAACGCUUCAAUUCGGCAGCUUCGAUGUAGACGCCGAUCAGGAGGCGGUUUUGAAGCAGAUGUCCACUGGCAUGCGGUUGACAACUGGGAACGAUGCGAGGCAUCCGCAGCUCGGCGAGGCGCCGGGCGGGAGCGCUGUGGGAGGGCCGGGCAGCCGCGCAGGGCCCAAAAACGGAACCACGAAGCAUGGUCCGUUGAUCAGCGGCGGCUUCGGUCCUCACGUCGGCCCUGUGGAGCACGCCGCGGCGGCCGAGCUCGACCCGCCGCCCGGCUUGACCAGCAGCGGCGGGCCUGCCGCCUCACUUGCCUCAGGAGCCGACGGCGCGUGGAUUCCAUCAGGAGUUCCUGAUCAGCGCUUUGAGGUGGCAAUUGUAGCCGCGCCGCAUGAGGGCACGUCAGCGUCUGCGCUGCCCACGCCCGCCGGGUACAGCAACAGCAGCAGCAGCAGCAGCCGCCAGACGCCGCCGCCGGCCGCAGCAGAGGCGAGCAGCAGCGGCGGUAACAGCGCAGGCGUCGUCGUUGUGGUGCCCGACGCCUCAAACUCCGGCGCCUCCACUUCUGGCCCCUCCGCCUCCGCCUCCGCAGCCUCCUCCGUCGCCGGCGCAUCUUCUUCAACGCCUGCCGUGCCCGAGCCGGGGUUCGGUGUGUACGCGCAAGGCAUCCCGCAGACGCUGCCCGACGCCGAACUCAAAUCGCUGCUGUGUGACGCCUUUGGCGCGUUCGGGGCCUUCGGCGAGGGCGGUGUGAAUGUGGUGCGCUCACCGCGCUUCGGCCUAGUUGCCUACAUAUUCUUCGCACGGGAGGAGGACCGGAAGGCGGCGCUGGCAUCGACCGGGCAACUAGUCCUCGCCGGCUCCACCCAGCCGCUCAAGCUGCUGUCCAUGCUUCCCGAGUUCGCGCGAGGCUUCGCCGCCGGCGGUAAUGCAGCCAGUGCGCCCGGUGGCAGCAGCAGCUCGCGUGAGAGCGGCCACGCCGGGCCGCACGCGCCGGGUGGCCGGCAACCCGGCGGCCGGGGCAUGAUGGGCGGGAGAGGCGUGGGGCCAGGCGGCUUCCAUCCCAGGCUAGAUUUCGGCGGCCCGGGCGGCGGGCAUGGGCGACGCAGCAGCAUGACCAUAGUCGCGCCAGCCAUGGGCUUAGGUCCGAGCGGCGCGCCGCCGGGCAUCAUACAAGUCGGAAUUCUGCCGGCUGCGCCGCCGAUGCAUGCUGGUGUCGGCGGCGCGCCGGCGCCGCAGCUGCGCGGUGGUGUGACGGCGGUGCCCAUCAUGCAGAUCCCGACCAUUGGCCUAGGUGGCUUGGGCGGCAUGGGUGCCGCUUUGGGUGUAAGCAUGGGCAUGGGCGUCGGCAUGGGUAUGGCCGCCAGCGGUCUGGGCAGCGGGGCAGGAGGUGUCGUGUCUGCGGCGGCGUCUGGUGGCUCUGGCGGCGUCUUGGGCAGCAAUGUUGUCAGCACAGCCGGCGGGCUAGCGCUGGCGCCAGCCGGCCCAAGCGGCGGCAAGAAUGGCACUUACGGUGGUGCUGGUGGAGACGGCGGUGGCGCGUACAAGGGCCCAGGCGGUGCACACGGCGUUGCAGUUGGGCCUUCUGCUGCCAGUGCUGGGGUGCGCACUGUCAUUGGCGGCACCGGUGCCAGCACCGGCAGCGCGACUCUUUCCAGCGGCGGCAAUGGCGGGUACCACCGCGCGCCUCAUCAGACGCCGCAGGUGCUACUGCUCCAAGCGCAGCCGCUGCACCAGGAGCACGCGCCACAUUCGCCGCAGCCGCACCACCAGCACCAGCACCACCAGCAACCGCACCAGCAGCAGCCGCACCAGCAGCACCAGCAACAACAGCAGCAGCCGCACCAACAACAGCAGCACCAGCAGCAGCACCAGCAGCAGCAGCAGCACCAGCAGCAGCACCAGCAACAACAGCAGCUGCUGCCACCGCGCUCUGCCAUCACGCUCGGGACAGGUGGGGCCCUGGUGACCCAGCAACCUGUGUACGGAGCCACUUCGUCGCUGUACGCUGCUGGCGGCAUGCAGGCGGCGGCAUCGCAGAUCAUGGCUCCGACACCUAUGCCCGUGAUGAGCCCGCUCGGCAGCCCUAUGUUGCAGUACGCGCCAGCGCAGAUGUAUGGCAUGCAUGGUGGACAGAUGACCAUGCCGCUGAUGCUGACGCCGGUGAUAUACUACGACCCCACCACCGGAGUCACAACCGCGGCGCAGGGAGCAGCCUGGGCCCCCGCGCACUUCGCGCCCCAGCAACAACAGCACCAGCAGCACCAACAACUCCAGCAGCAGCAGCAGCAGCAGCAGCCAAGGAACUCUUACAUCCAAGAACAGGCCAACGCCCAAGUCCACCGAGCCCCCAGCUCAAGCAACAUCAACUCCGAACUACGCAGCGCCAACGCCCAAGUCCACCGAGCCCCCAGCUCAAGCAACAUCAACUCCGAACUACGCAGCCAGCAACAACAGCAGCAGCAACAGCAGCAGCAACAGCAACAGCAGCAGCAACACCACCCGUAUGGCUAUGAUCGAGGCGGCGGCUACCGGGGACCUGGUGGUGGUGGUGGUGGUGGUGGCGGUGGCGGCUGCGGUGGCUACUGAGCAAGCGCGCACGCAAGCGCCGCUGUCGGUUUGGUGAUGACAUGCGGGCCCGUCUGCUAGCUGGCACAUGUGUGGCGGCCGUGAUCGGGGCCUUGCCGGUCGGGGCCUUGAUUGCCGCUAGGGGCCUUGCAACCCUUUAAGGCGCUUGGCGCUGUUGCUGAUCUCUCCUCUCAACAGCGCCGGCAACGGGCUGACGUUGUUUUACGUAUGUCAUCAGGCGGGAGGCGCCGCAGCGGCCGGAUGCAGACCGCACGCUACUGCUGCCCGUGGGCCAUGGUACAGCAGCAGGCGGGUAGACAGGGCAGGCAGGGGCAGGUCAUGGCACGCGCAGGUUCACGGCACGCGCAGCAGGGCUUGUGAGCAGUCAGGGUGCAGGGCAGUGGGGUAGGACACAAGUCAGGCUUUUUGGGGGGGGCCUAAAGCAAUACUACAAGGGGAGUGUGUGACAGCGUUGCCAGUUGCGAAGAGUAACUCUUGAGCGGCGGCAUGCACGAGUAUGUGUGGUCAGCAGCAGAGGUCUUGAGCGACAGGCGCAACAACGCACUGCGCCCCACGGAACAAUAUCAGUGUGUGGCCCCUGCGGGUGAGAGGUGACUAGACAUGAUACAUUGUAUACGGAAGUGUAAGACGGGCGAAAACGCUGCGCCCAAGGUGAAGUCUUGCGUCGCUUUACGGAUGAAUGCAAGCCGUGUGUGUGUGUGUGUGUGUGUGUAUGUGAGUGUGUAUGUGUGUGGCGUAGGCCUGCUAGGAAGAGUUGCGGGAGCCAGGCUAGGCCUCGAGAUAGGGAGCGAGCAGCCGGAGGCAGGUGGCGGUGGCUAUGGCUGGAAGGCUUCACUAUGCAUUCAACGCAAUGCCAAAGCGGGUUGGGAGUGCAGCUUCGGGCUAGAAAGGUAGCAGCUGCUUGGCUUGCACACGCCCGGAAGGGCCUGUGUGCCUCCGUGCGCAUAUUUGCAUGGAGCAGUGGCUAGCACCUGCAGCAGCAUACAUGGCGGUGUGUGCGUUUACUUCCCGUCUGCGCUUUUGAAGCCACAUUGAACGGCCACUGGUGCAGUGCGGAUGUGUUCUUUCCAGAUGUACCCCUACCCCUCUGUUGCUAAAGAUUGAUCUCGAUUCGGUAACAGUAGGACAUGCAUGCAACCGCACAUGUGUUGUCCGGUUCAGGCAUUCAUUGGGCCUAAGCACGCUACUGUCACCACUGCUGUCUGAUUUUCUGCACUGGGCGCGUCAGCUGCAUGGGCGUUGGCACGCAGAGGUGUAUGUCGAGCGCGCGGGUUGUGCGUGGUGUGCGUCGUCAGCAUCUGCGUUGUAAGCAUUGCCGGCUGGCUCUAUGGGGCCGGUCGAUGCAGUGUUGGGCUGUGGUGAUGUCCGUGGCGUGAGACGGUGCCGAGCGCAAAGAUGCAGCGAAGGUACGCUCUUGCGCAGGUGUGCAUGACACGUACGGUGCUUUGUUUUGGGCGAGGUGUGAGUCUAAAUUACAGGCUCAUCCCGCCCUUGCAAUGUCUCCGCACGCAUGUCUUCAGUACUUACAUUUGAUCCACUGAUGGAUUCCUGGAGAGAGAGACAUACGGAGUGAGUAUUUGGAGAGACACAGAGCAGAAUGUCCACCAUCCAUGGGCAUCUGCUGGGAGGUACACGUUGUAUUGGGAUGAAAUGCGCUAGUAUGAACUGUAUGAGACGGGAUGAGAGUGAACUACUUGCAUAAAAUUGAAGGUACUGGCACCAGAGAACCAAUUAAUGUGCCGGAAGCCGAGCGAGGAGGAAAGCUGAGACGGGAGCGAGAAGCAGGCUGUGAGAUUGAGUAGGAUCAGGCGGCAUGGAUGGGGGAACCAGGAGCGUAGUGCCCUUGAGCAUAGCUGACGGGAGUGAGACGACGAUGGCCAAUGCAAAGAAGAGAGGCGUUGGGAGGCGCUGGGUGGGGCUGGGUGUCAGGCGACAGGACGCAGGUGGAUCAGCAUCUGUGCACCGCCAUAACGGCGGGCGAAAGUGCAUUGCUGGUAAGACUACAUGAGCGCGAAAGUGCGUGUGUAACGAACUGGCUGC